AUGGGCACCAUGGAAGAAGAGGAUCUCCGCGAGUAUUUCUGCAUACAAUAUGGGCAGAAGUUGCUGAAACUGCUGAUGAAAUUCCCAGUAUCAGAAGAGCAGUCCCCAUCUCCUUCCAUUCGACUCCUGGAGAAGAAAAAAGAAGCAAAAUUGGUGCACCAGGCAAUGGAGGCUCAAAAGGAGGCAUUCAAAACAAGAAUGGAAGCCCUGAACAACCGGUGGGAGGAACUUGGUGCAAAAGAAGUCCAGUUGAAAGCAUACAUUAGGAAAUUUGAGCAAUUCAUACAGGAGAAUGAUCAGAAGCGGAUCAGAGCUCUGAAGAAAGCCAACAAGGAGAGGGAACUGAAGAAGCAACGAGUGAAGGAGCUGGCCAAGGCCAAGCUAGAGAUGGCUGCUCUGAAACAGCAACAUCAGCAGCUCUACAACAAGCUACAGCAGUACUCCAUCUUCAACAAGUACCUAGAGAAGGUUGUCGAGAUCUCAGAAUUUGAAGAGAUCCGGGAGGUCAUUGGCCGCUACAAGACACUGGUCGGGAUGCACCGAGACCUCGUGCAGUCAGCGCAGGAAGGGCUGGAGAUGAUAGAGCAAGCCAAGGUCCGCCUCUCCCGUUACAAAGAGGAGAAAGACGAUGAGGUCUUGCAACACAACAAUGAGCUAGCCCGCCUACAGAUGCGUUUUGACCAUGCUCGCAGUGAAGUCAUCGUCUGGGAAUCACGCUGGGCCCAUAUCCAAAAUACUGCUGCCAAGAAAACCCUAAUGCUUGGCACCAUUAAGAUGGCUACACUGAACCUUUUCCAGAGUGUAAACAAGCAGAUGAAGGAGGCUUUACUGGUACCCAUAGAGGACACCCACAAGCAGCUUGAUAUGAUCCAGCAGUUCAUCCAAGAUCUGUCAGACAUCUGGGCAGAAGUGAAGAAGAAAGAGGCCCAAAACCGAUCUCAGAUAUCAAUGCACUAA